AUGACGAGUCUACCAACAGACACCUGCCCGGCAAAAGCCGAACCUGCACUUUCCUUCACCCAGGGCUUAAUUCUGGGACAGCUGUCGGUGGUCAUCGUUCUAGCGGCCUUUAUCAAAUUCUUCAUUUUUGGUGAUCCUCCCUCGCCUGAGGUGACGGCCUCGCUCAGAGCUACGGAACGUCGAUCCCGGACACUCGCCCACAAGCGAUCUCUUUUGAGUCUGCGGACGGCCAACGCUCGGCAGGGCCAGCAGACGCUCAAUCGCAAGAAGUCUAGCGUACUCCGGAAUCCUCCUAACUUGACCAUUGGCUCUAUCUUGAGCAAAACAUACUACAAUGUGGACAGCCAUCAGCCGGAGAGCCUUGACUGGUUCAACGUCCUGAUAGCCCAGACCAUUGCCCAGUUACGCAGCGACGCCCAGCACGACGACGCAAUUCUUACGUCUCUCACGAAGGCUCUUAAUGGAACAUCUCGCCCCGACUUCGUGGACGAGAUCCGUGUUACUGAGCUGAGCCUUGGGGAGGACUUCCCCAUCUUCAGCAACUGUCGUAUCAUUCCGGUGGACGAGGAUGGUUUGAGUGUGGGAAAUGGCAAGACGCUCGAUGCCAGCGCUGCCAGCAGGGAAGGAGCUAAGCUGCAAGCUCGGAUGGAUGUGGAUCUCAGCGACAUGCUGACAAUGGCCAUCGAGACGAAGCUUCUCCUCAAUUAUCCGAAGAAGCUAAGUGCAGUGCUGCCGGUGGCACUGUCAGUCUCUGUCGUCAGGUUCAGCGGCACUCUUUCGAUCUCCUUCAUUCCCAGCAACCCUUCGCAGUCGACCCCUACUAUGAUGACGUUCAACUUUCUCGAUGAUUACCGGCUUGACCUCUCAAUUCGUAGCCUUCUAGGAAGCCGAUCGAGGCUCCAGGAUGUGCCUAAAAUCGCCCAGCUCAUUGAAGCACGUCUGCACCGCUGGUUUGACGAGCGAUGCGUAGAACCCCGUUUCCAGGAGAUUGCUUUGCCUAGUUUCUGGCCACGGAAGAAGAACACUAGAGGGCCCGAGGACGGACUGGCAGAGACGAAUGCACCAUAG